GCGCGUCGGGGCGCGGCGGCGGCGCAGCGACAUAGAAAACGUUUUCUAAGGGUUGGCUCGGCUCGGCUAAGAAUAGUCUUGUGGAUGAAACGAGAACAUGCCGGCUCGGAAAUCCAAUCUACAAAAUGGCAGAUAGCUUGGAUGAAUUUAUUGAAGAGCAAAAGGUGAAACUGGCCAAAGACAAAGCAGAAUUGGAAAGUGAUCCACCUUACAUGGAGAUGAAGGGAAAGGCAUCAGAGAAACUCUCUGAAAACAGUAAAAUAUUAAUCUCUAUGGCUAAGGAGAACAUACCACCAAACAGCCAACAGCCCAAGGGAUCCUUAGGAAUUGAUUAUGGCUUAAGUUUACCACUUGGAGAAGAUUAUGAACAGAAGAAACAUAAAUUAAAAGAAGAAUUAAGGCAAGAUUAUAGACGUUAUCUUACUCAGAAAAAUUUCCUAUCUACUAGUGAAACAGACCCAUCUACUCUGGGAGUUUCUCUUCCUAUCGAUGAGCGGUUGUCUGCCAAGGAAAGGUUGAAACUUGAACGCAACCGAGAAUACAAUCAAUUUCUCAGGGAUAAGGAAGAAUCCAUAGAAAAAGUCAGACAGGUAGAAAAGAAUAUUGAGCCUAAGACUCAAAGAAAUAAAAACCCUGUUAGUCAAGGUAAAUUUGAUCUACCUUCACAAACACAGACUUCAUACAUACAUUCAGAGAGACCUUCAUACGAAGAGCUUCUAAGCCAAAGACGGCGAGGGGAGGACCGAUACCAACAGCUAGAUGAUGAAAUUGAAUUAAGGAACAGAAGACUGCUUAAACAGACAAAUGAAGAAAUAGGCAUUUCUGGUGCAAAACAUCAAAGCUUUUCCAGCAAGGCUGGUGUUCCAGAGAGAAGAGCUCGCAGGUUUAAUGAGGAGCGUAUGGUUGACAAACAAUAUUGUAGAGCUGAGAGAGAUCCUGACAUCAGUGAAGAAAUGGACGAGAGGUUUAGAUUUGAAAGUGACUUUGAUAGAAGACUUUUGAGAGUCUAUACAAAUGACAGGCCGCAUGGGAGCAGACGAGGGUAUGUGGACGGGGAGGAUGUUACAGAAGAGUCAAACACACAGAUCUCAUCUGCUGAAAAUAAAAGUGUUCAUGAUAAUGGACCACCCAGAUCUGCUGAUCUCGAUAUCACGAGUCCCUUUGCAGGCAUGCUCUUUGGAGGUGAAGAUCGGGAACUUACCAAGAGAAGGAAAGAGAAAUAUAGGCAAGAACUACUGGAACAGAUAGCUGAGCAACAGAAGAAGAAGAGACGAGAAAAAGAUUUAGCAUUUGGAAUUACAACUUCUGGAGUACAAGACCCUGAAAAAUCGCCUGAUAGACUAAAGCAGUUUAGUUUGACACCAAGACACUUUGAAGAGAUGAUACCACCUGAGAGACCCAGAGUAGCUUUCCAGACACCUCCCCCUCCCUUCUCUGCCCCGUCUAUCCCACCCGUCCCACCAGUUCAUUCCGCCCCUUCUCACAAUGAAGACUUGCACAGUGGAGUCGGCAGCACCCUUGGUGAACUGGUGCAUCCCAGGAUUGUGCCUGUGCCUCUGAACCCACCUCCAGCCCCGCUGCUUGCCCCUCUAGCUCCUAACUAUCGAACCCCGUACGAUGAUGCAUACUAUUUUUACGGUGCCAGAAAUACACUAGAUCCUACUAUUGCAUACUAUGGUUCAGGAAUGAUUGGAGGACAGCCUGCCCCUCAUAUCUCUGCCCCUGUCACUCACCAGGUAGCACCGCCAGCUAUGAAUACUGUUGGACAGAAUGAACAGAAAGUUCUUAGUGAUGGACUCAGGAAUUCAGGACUGGUCUUUGAGGAUAAGCCAAAACCUUCUACACAGUCACUUCAGUCUUACCAAGAAGCUUUGCAGGAGCAGAUUCGGGAAAGAGAAGCAAGAAGGAAGAAAGAACGUUUAGAAAAAGAAGAAUAUGAAGCUAAAUUAGAAGCUGAAAUGAAGAUUUACAACCCUUGGGGGAAGGGCGGAGGUGGUGCUCCUCUCAGAGAUGCCAAAGGAAAUCUGAUAACUGAUUUGAAUAGGAUGCACAGACAGAAUAUAGAUGCCUACCAUAAUCCAGAUGCAAGAGCAUAUGAAGAUAAAAGGGAUGUUGUAUCUAUAGACCAAAAUUUAGCCACUUCAAAUGCUGAGAACCUAGAAGAUUCUGCAAAUAAAAACUCAGGUCCUUUGCAAACACAAAGCUCUCCUUUUGCCCGGGGAAACACAUUCGGUGAGCCGCUCAGCGAGCUUCAGAUUAAGCAGCAAGAAUUAUACAAGAAUUUUCUUCGUUUUCAGAUUGAGGAAAAGAGGCAACGAGAAGAAGCGGAGCGUGAGAAGCUGAGGGUUGCUGAAGAGAAGGAAGAAAAGCGGCUGGCGGAGCAGAGGGCCAGGAUUCAGCAAGAGUACGAGGAGGAGCAGGAGCGGAGGAGGGAGAAGGAGGAGGAGCAAAGGCUAAAAAAUGAAGAACUUAUUCGUUUAGCUGAAGAGAGGCGAAAAGAAGCAGAAAGAAAGAAGAAAGAAGAGGAAGAAAAGCAUAACUUGCAACUUCAGCAUUACUAUGAGAGAGAAAAUAUUAUCGGAGAUGAAACAAAGCACUUGAGACAGCCUUCUCCUGUAGUUCCUGCUCUUCAGAACAAAAUUGCAAGCAAACUCCAAAGGCCUCCUUCAGUCGACACCAUCAUAAGUUCCUUCAUUCAUGAAAGCUCCAUGUCCCGGGCACAGUCUCCUCCAGUACCUGCAAGGAAGAACCAACUCCGUGCAGAAGAGGAGAAAAAAAAUGUGAUUAUGGAGUUAUCAGAAAUGAGGAAGCAGCUCCGGAGUGAGGAAAGGCGUUUGCAGGGGCGGCUGCUGCACCUGGACAGUGAUGACGAGAUCCCCAUCAGGAAAAGAGAGAGGAACCCCAUGGAUAUAUUUGACAUGGCUAGACAUCGAGUACAAGCUCCGGUCAGAAGACCAUCCCCUAAGGGCUUAGAUGCUACCACUUUUCAGAAUAUUCAUGACUUUAAUGAGCUGAGAGAAAGAGAUUCAGAUACUCGAGUGGAUCUGAGAUUAAUGUACCCAGAUCCUCCACGAGAUCAUCACACGUUGGAGAUUCAGCAGCAGGCCCUGCUCCGAGAGCAGCAGAAGAAGCUAAAUAGAAUAAAGAUGCAGAGAUAUGCAGCUGAUUUAGACACCAUCUCCACUGGUAAUGUACAAGGGCGCAGAAUGCCCAGAGAUGACACUAACGAUUUUUUGAAAAAUUCAUUACUAGAAUCUGAUAGUGCUUUUAUUGGUGCUUAUGGUGAGACAUAUCCUGUCAUUGAAGAGGAUGCCUUCCCUCCACCACAGCUGCCCUCUGCAAGGGAACGCAGGAAGAACAAAUUAAAAGGACUAGAUUUUGACAGUAGUCGGCUCCACACACCACAAGAUGGUCUCUCUUUAAAAUCUAUCUCCAGUGUAAAUGUUGAUCAAGUUAGAAUGAGAAAUGAAGACAGAAUGAGAAGACUGAAUGAGCAUCAGAAGAAACCCACUAACACAGAUGAUGAGGAGUCACUGGUUGAUCCUGAUGACAUCAUGAGACACUUGGGUGAUGAUGGACGCAACUCUGUGGCAACUGAGCCCUGGCUCCGCCCUGGUACUUCCGAAACUCUGAAACGGUUCAUGGCAGAGCAGCUGAAUGAGGAACAGCAGCAGGUUCCUGGGAAACCAGGCACUUUUACUUGGCAGGGACUAUCUGCUGCACAUGCUUAAAAUAAACCCUCUCUGGAUCCAGCAGUGCCUUUUACAGUGGACGGAACAUUCAAUUUGUAUCUUGAAUACUAUGUCUUGCUUGUGACCCUACUUUAAUAUUAGUUAUUUAUGUUCUAUCUAUAUGUAAAGUGUAUUUUUCCUAUGAUGAUAUGUUAUAUAUAUAAUGUACAUAAAAGCCCCGAUUAUUGAUUUCUAAUAUAAUUGUAUAGAAUUGUUUUUGCAAUUUUGCUAUGGGUGGUAAUGAACUCUUGAUUGAGCUACCAUUUGUGCAUUAAAGUGUGCUUGCCAUUAAGAGGUGGUGAGUUAAAGUGCUAAGAGCACUGUGAAACAACACAUUGUUACUAGCACACUUACCACUGUUAGCAUCCUAGUGAAACAAUUCAUAGUGAAUUGUUUGAUAUACCUGCUGUAGCUGUGACUGUGUCGGCUGCUAGGUGAUUAAAGAUUCAAACAAGCUGCUCGUUUUCAUGUCUGUAGUUACACAUUCCACAGGAACAAAGGGAAUUGUGACCAUCUAUGAGCCAUAAUUAAAUGUUAAAUUUUUCUGCCUCCAUUUUAUUUUUAUGCUGAUAGAAGCACAGACUCAGUUACUAAUUUAUCUGAUUUCACUAUUUCUUGACACAAAUAAAGUUCUAUUUUUAUUAAC